UGGCUGGGAACUGUCGACAAGGGCAACCCGGACCAAAAACACCGUCGGACCAGCCGUCGAUCAGAUGUAGCGUUAUCUCUCUAACCGCCCGCCUCGACUCCUCUAACAACUCCCGCUGACCCAGAACAUCUACACCUGGCUGCUGUGGACACACGCCAUGGAAACUAGUAUUUCAAAGGGUGGCUCUCUUCCCCUUUCCACUCUGCGACUCCUUGUCCCACCAAUCCGACUGGUCUCAGCAGCGAUCUGGCAGACCGUCCAGCAGAAAGUUGUGUCUGAUUAUGGGAUGCUUGAAGAGUUCGUAUCCAUGGUUACAGGAGUCGUUCCAGAGCUACUCACCACUCACCAGAGGGCCCAACUUAUCCUGGGCCUCAGAGCACGGCUGAUUCUGGAGUUAUGUCAGUGUGAAGCUACCACUGACAUUGAGCUUAUUCAGCCACAUCUGGACAGAGUGCAAAUGCUCAUCGAGGCGUGGGUAAUGGAGGCUGGUGCUGCAAGUAUGGAAGCGCCACACUCCAAAUUUGUGGAUCUGGUUAAGAACUUGCUGGAAAAUCCUGACGAAAGGGAACACUUCUUUCAGAAAGUUUUCCCUGAAGAGUUUGGUCCCACAUAUGAUGACGCACUUCACACCUUGAUGUGGAUGUUUCUGUCCAGACUUGAACAGUUUCUUCCUCUUCAAACUUUCCAACAGGUUGCCUCCAUGUCUGGUGAUGUGUCCUCAGUUCUGGAGGAAUGUAUGGAGUCUGUGUAUCGACCUGAGGAGCUCAAAACCCUGCUGCAGUAUCAUAAAGACCUCAGCCAACUGGAUCACAAUGAUGGCUCUUUGGAUGGCACCUGCAUUAUUUCAGCUCUCAAACUUCCCUCUGUAGAAAGAACUGAGACCGAUAAACCAUCCAACAUCUUGGAUAAUGCGCCAUCAUGUACAUCAGAUUUGGAGGAGGCAUCUUUAACAUUGUCUCAGGACACAACCACAGAAGAUCGGACGACAGUUGAUGAAAAUAAACGGACCCCUGGGGAAAAUGGAACAGAGGUGGUUUUGGGAGAUAUUACAAGACAGGAAGAAAAUGCAGGCCAAGUGGAGGAUGCCCCUCGCCCUUUGAAACAAUGCCGCAUUCAGCUAAAAAGACUGGACGUGCCGCCGUCUUUGCUGUCCAGACCUGUGAGACGGAACAGAGGCCAGAGGAUGAAAAAGAUUCUGUCGGAAGAGAAAAGAGGUCUUUGUGAAAAAGCUCUCCCAGCCUCCAAAUCAGCUUCCAGGAGAACAAAACCGUCCAAGAGGGCUCUUAUACACGUCUCUGACAACGAGGAGCCAAGCAGCUUCAGCAAAGACGACGACUCAUAUAUGACUCCUGUCGAUAAUUGCAGUGAAGACUCGUGGUCUUACUACUCUGAUGAGAACUCUUCCCAUAAGACUGCUAAUAGUAGCAUAGCUGAUUCAUGGUCUAACUACUCAGGUGAUGAGUCUCCCUUUGUGACUCCUGUCAGUAGUUCUAGUGAAGGUGAUUCAUUGACAAAUGAGGACCCCUCCGUCAUGGGUCGUAAAAAGGUAUCGUCUACCCGCAAAAAGCAGGGCAUCUCCGACAAAGCCAGCCCUCCAAAAAAGAGUCAGAAAGUCCGGUGUGUUAUCUGCAAUGAGCCCGUGAACGCAACCCUGAGAACUCACAUGAAAACCCACUUCCCCACCGGCGACUACGCCUGCCCUCGAUGCGACAGCAGGUUUAAACUCUACUCGUCUUUUAGGCAGCACUUGAACAGAACCUGCUACGAGCACGGUCAGCAACAGGUAGAUCCGCAGAAGCCGGACGAAACCAAGAGCCUUUACAAAUGCGACGAAUGCGAAGAGGCGUUCAGGUGCAAAGUCUCACUGGAUGGGCACAAGCUGACCCACAAUGAACUCUACUGCAGCGUGUGCAGGAAGGUGCUGCGAGACGCGGAGACGUUGGCAAGGCACAAGGCUUCUCACACCGUGUUUCAGUGUAACCGCUGUGAGGAGACGUUCACUCUCUUUAAGCCGUUGCUCCGGCAUUAUGAAAACAUCCACAAAAUCAGACGGCCGUUUAAAUGCAACUACUGUCCCAAAGUCGUGUCCAAGCUGCGCAUUCUUAUCGCGCACGAAUGGAGACACACGGGUCACCUACCGUUCCAGUGCACCAAGUGCUGCCUAAGAUUCAAAACCGACGGCGAUCUCAUCUCCCACGAAAGAGUCCACACGAGAGAGAAGCCCCACCUGUGCGCGGAGUGCGGCAAGACCUUCUCCCAGAGGUCCAACCUGUUGCGCCACUUGAACUUCAUCCACAGCGAGACUCGAAAUGAGAAGAAGCAUACAUGCACCGAGUGUGAGAAAUCCUUCAAAGAGAAAGGAGCCCUGAAGAAGCACCAAAGGACCAAACACUUGAACGAAUUGUUCCGUCACCCGUGCCCGGACUGUGGGAAGAUGGUCUCCGCGUCAUCAAUCGCUAGGCAUAAAUUAAUCCACACGGGAGAGAGACCUUUCCAAUGCACCGAGCCUGAAUGCAACAAGAACUUCAGGUCGACUUCUGAAGUGAAGAGGCAUGUCCUUGUACACCACACCACAGAGAGACCAUUUAAAUGUGACGUCUGUGGAAAGGGCUUUAUAAAGAUGUGUUAUCUCAACACACACGCUAAAGUGCACUCAGGAGAGAAGCCGUUUGUUUGCCAUUUCUGCGGCAAGUCUUUCCCCAAGCGCUACAGCAUGCAGAGACACAAGAAACUUGUACAUACAUUUGUAACCCAUUAACCCCGCAUGGUAGGAACGCUCUGUUAAACAAACAAACAGUUUUGUGUUUAGAAGUAAUAGUUACUCAAAGCACUGGCUGCAAGACUGCACCUAGCCGAACCAGUGACUGCCUUCAUACAUGUGUAAAACUGCAUUAAAGGAGCACUCCACUGAAUUAGCAGUGCACUCCUAUAACAUUGUCAGACUCAUGAUGGACAGUUUAAAGAAAAAAGAAAGAUCAAAAUUGAUGCAGCAGAACCAGAGAUAUUGUCCACACAUUCUUCUUCCUUGUUAUAACAUGUCACCUACAUUACCCACAAUGCAACUUGACCCCCAACAGUUCGGUCAAAGAUUCAGGUGAGUAAUGCUGAUCUCUGCUUGAGGCUCUAGUCUCAAGCAGAGAUGAGCAUUACAUCUUUGGUUCUGCUGCAUCGAUUUUUAUAAUUAAAACAAACGAAGUUAUAGAAGUGUAAUGAACAAAGUUAUAGAAAUGUAAUGAACGAAUUUAUAGAGAUGUAAUGAAUAAAGUUAUAGAAGUGUAAUGAAAAGUUAAAGAAGUGUAAUGAACGAAGUUAUAGAAGUAUAAUGCUAAAUCGGGACAAUACUCUUUUGAGCAUUAGCUCAGUCAAAUCUGAUCGUCACAGAACACGUCUGUGAAGUAUUGUUUUCUGUUUUUGACAUUGGAAACUGAUAUUAAAAAAAUCUGCAGUCAUGUUGACUGUAAUUUGUGUUAUUUGACAGCGUUGACCAGAAAAUGUACUUCAAUAUCAAAAUGAAAACAGUAAAUGAAAAGAAUGCAAGCAAGCUGUCUUCAAAAAUUGAGUUUGUUUUGUAUUUGUAAUUCAUUUCUAACUAUUUGUUUGUAAACCAUCGUUUUAAAUACAUCCACAAUGUUGCAAAAAAAAUAAAAUGUGAAAAAAGUGU